AUGCAGAUCCCUCUUUAUCAGGAGCAAAGAAAUCUGCGAGAGUGUAAAGCAACAGGAGCAAUGGUCAUAUUUAUAGCCUACGGCAGUAAAGCUAACAAGAAGGUAGAGCCAUCUGCAGACAAAAAUACUUAUAUUCCUACCAGGCAAUGUCCUAAGCCUUCUGGAAUAUUCGAAAACAAAUCUAACUGCAGUACCUUUUACUUGUGUACUAAUGGUGUUCAUCACAAGCAAGAGUGUCCAGGAGGUUUACACUACGAUAGGAAGCGUACCAAAUGCAAUUUUCCCAAAAUUGCUAAAUGCCAAGGAAAGAAAAAAAAGAAGCCACCAGUGACGCCAACAUCUCAAGCUGUUCGUAAACCAAGAAAGAGCAAAUUCUGUCCCAAGCUGGAUGGCAUAUUUCCCAAUGAAAAAAACUGCAGUACUUUCUACUUUUGCGUAGAUGGCACAGCGUACCAGCAAGAAUGCCCACAAGGUUUAGUGUUUGACUCCAAGAAUGUCAAAUGUGACUUUCCCAAAGUUGUAGGUUGUAAACCACCUCCUGGAACUCUCUCUAUUCUUACCUGUCCUGAAGAUUCCGGCCUCUUUCGACAUCCGACUAGUUGUGGAACUUUCUAUUUAUGUAGACAAGGUCGGAGUUACCGUUACGACUGUCCAGUUGGACUUAUAUUUGAUUACAAUCAGAAGAGGUGCGAAUAUCCCAGGAAUGUUAAAUGCCCUGAACAUUACUUAGACAGAAGGAAGCAUUCUCAUUAUUACAUGAAGGUGCGGCAGAUCAAUAUCAUGGAUUAUGUGACAUGACGAUUAGCGUCUUCGAGAUUAGAUUUGCACUUUCUCUUUUGAUUUGCUACGGGAUUC